GAUGGCAAGACGAACAGUGGUUGCGAUUUAGGGCAGAGAGAGAGAGAGAGAGACAAAAAAACAAAUUGGAAAAUAAAAAUUGAAUCUUGGGAGUCAGUCGCGGCCAAAAUGGGGUGAUAAAGCAGACAUUAGACUAAUGUUAAUGGCCGGGUGUGGAAUUAUUUAGUAUUAUAAUUACUUUCGCACAACUACUAUUACAAUAGCUUCCCACCUAAUCCGCCAUUUCUGCCCACUCGCACGAACACUGGGCGACAUACAAGCAAGGGAAAAAGGGGGUCAGGCUUGCGGGGAAAGUUGCUCUAGUUGGUUGCUGCUCGAUAGCUCCUCCAUCCAUCCAUCCAUCCAUCCAUCUCCUUUUUAAAUUAUUACUGUGAAUUGUCGAAAUGAGAAAGUGGAAAAGGGGAAAGUGAAGAAGCCCUUGCACCUCCGAUUAUUCAUCUCCAUUGUGCAGAUCUUAUCGGAUUCUGUGGCCAGAGUUCGAUCUCGGUCGACCAGAGAGUGAAUCGCAGUUGAAGGAUGUUGACUCCGCUCUGAAAUCGGGGAGAAGAGCGAAAUGUCGGCAUCUCUCGCCGCAAUUGAGCGCCCUCGUGCUGUGAACUCGAAUUCGAUAUUCAAGAGUGGGCAUCUGCUUAUAUCUUCCAAAGGGUUGGGGUGGACAUCUUGGAAGAAGCGAUGGUUUAUCCUUACACGCACCUCAUUGGUGUUCUUCAAGAAUGAUCCUAGUGCACUUCCGCAACGUGGUGGCGAAGUAAAUCUGACUUUAGGUGGCAUAGACUUGAACAAUUCGGGGAGUGUUGUAGUUAGAGAAGAUAAGAAACUGCUCACUGUUUUGUUUCCUGACGGACGCGAUGGACGAGCAUUUACUCUUAAGGCAGAGAAUUUGGAGGACUUAUAUGACUGGAAGACAGCCCUCGAAAAUGCUCUUACACAAGCACCAAGUGCUGCGCUUGUGAUGGGACAUAAUGGGAUAUUCAGAAGUGAAACUAACGAUACAAUCGAAGGCUCCUUUCAUCAAUGGAGAGAUAGGCGCCCGGUAAAAUCUUUGGUUGUUGGACGCCCAAUUCUACUUGCUUUAGAGGAUAUAGAUGGAGGGCCAUCCUUCUUGGAAAAAGCACUUCGGUUUCUUGAGAAAUAUGGUAUUAAGGUAGAAGGAAUUUUGCGGCAAUCUGCAGAUGUUGAGGAAGUGGAGCGACGAGUCCAAGAAUAUGAAAAAGGCAAGACUGAAUUCGGUCCCGAGGAGGAUGCCCAUGUCAUUGGCGACUGUGUUAAGCACGUUCUUCGGGAAUUACCUUCAUCCCCUGUUCCUGCAUCGUGCUGUACUGCUUUGCUUGAAGCCUACAAAAUGGACCGGAGGGAGGCUCGAUUAAAUGCACUACACUCUGCAAUACGAGAGACAUUUCCUGAACCCAAUCGACGCCUCCUACAAAGAAUACUUAAGAUGAUGCAUACGAUUUCCUCGCAUUCUUCUGAGAAUCGGAUGACUCCAUCAGCGGUUGCGGCUUGUAUGGCUCCACUACUUCUGCGCCCUCUUUUAGCCGGUGAAUGUUCGGAGGAUGAUUACGAUGUUGAUGGAGAUAGUUCUGCUCAGCUUCUGGCUGCCGCCAAUGCAGCCAACAAUGCCCAAGCGAUUAUUACAACGCUCCUGGAGGAGUAUGAGAAUAUAUUUGAUGAUGAUAAUCUUCAGAGAUGCUCCAUGUCUGCCGAUUCUCAGACUGAUAGCAGUGGAAGUGAAGAUACAAGUGAUGACGAGCAUCCCGACGUUAAAAUCAAUGGCUAUCACGAUGCUGAAAACGAGGUCGACCCUGAGGCAGAUUAUGACCGUAACCGUGACCGCAGACUCAGCGGGAAGUUAAGUGAAAGCAGCGGCUCUGCUGCCUGUGAUCUCUACGAGGCAAUCGAAAAUGAUGAUUCGGACCAUGGAUUGCCCACGAAGGAUCAGACUUCAGCAACAAAAUCGAACAAAAGUUUGGACACUACACACCUUGCCGAUUCUAAUCUUUUAGCUAAUGGGCAACCAGACAAACAGAAGGUGGUGUCUGAAAGCACGAUCGAUGCUUCUGCCGAACAUAGCAAUGAAUCACAGCAGUCUGUUGGAAAUAUUUCGUCAUCUGUGGAUCAAGAGCUACGGCAAUCCAUUCCUGGGCCUGAACUAAUGGCUGAAAAGUCAUUGCUCAAACUUCCGACUUCUAAUUUCAGCACUAAGAAAUCAACCUUCUGGGGGCGGAAGAAUGUGAGGAAAUCUCCUUCAACAGAAUCUGUAGAUUCUUCUGGGGAGGAAGAGCUUGCCAUCCAAAGACUGGAGAUUGCGAAGAAUGAUUUGCGCCACAGGAUUGCAAAAGAGGCGAGAGGCAAUGCAAUUUUGCAAGCUAGCUUGGAGAGAAGAAAGCAAGCUCUGCACGAGCGUCGAUUGGCUCUCGAACAAGAUGUUGCAAGACUGCAAGAACAAUUGCAAGCUGAGAGGGAUUUGCGCGCAGCGCUGGAAGCCGGUCUGAGCAUGUCUUCGGGGCAGUAUCCUCCCUCGCGGGGCAUGGAUUCCAAGACAAGGGCCGAGCUCGAGGAAAUAGCGCUGGCCGAGGCGGACGUGGCCAGAUUGAAGCAGAAAGUCACCGAACUGCACCAGCAGCUAAAUCAGCAACGGCAGCAUCACUACGGCUCUCUUCCUGAAUCGAGCGACAGAUAUCAGCAACCCGCCAUGCAUAAUCCCCAGCAGAAAUAUUUCCAGCAAGAUUUCGACACGACGCUCGCGGUUUGUAACCAUGAAAGGAAACAAAGAACCGAGGAGCUGUCGGGAAUAGAUCCGAGAAACAUCAAAACCCAAAUGGCGAAGCCGUCUCGGAAGCAGCUAUUUGAACCGACCGACUCCAAAAGCAGCGAGGCGUCGACGAGUCUAUCCACCGGAAAUCUCGACGCUUCUGUCGACUCUGUUUCUGCUUCUCUACCGUCCACUUCUCGGGCAGCCGAGAUGAUGGAGUACCCGCGGCAUCAAUCAUCAGCUGCGUCGUCGACUCUGGUGGAGCUAACGUCGCGGCUUGACUUCUUCAAGGAGCGUCGAUCGCAGUUGAUGGAACAACUCCACAACCUCGACCUACACUACGGGACGACGCCGCAAGAUUUUGUGUACAAGUUGUCGUCUCCUCCAUGGAACUGAGCUGAGCUGAACUGAUCAUGGUAAUCUUCUUCUUCUUCUUGUUCUUGGUUAUUGGAUAUCUUCGUUCCCUGAGUGGUUCUUGGUUUGUGUCUGUGACUGUGAGUGGUCGGACAAUGUUGUUGUGUGCGUGGUCGAUGCGAUGGUACAUAAAUUUCGUGUUUGUAUGAGGAAGAAGAUGAAGGAAUGAUGUUGUUUAUGUAAUUAGGGUUUGUAAUUUGUUGGAUUCUUUCAUUGCAAAAGAUAUUGCCAAUAAGCAUGUUGCUUUAAUUUGCUGUAUAUACUAGUUUGAACUAUGUGUAGGCGUGUUUGGUUUGUGUUAUUAUAAGUUUUGGUUGCUGUUUAUUCAACAGCGAAACAAUGGUAUUUUGUAUAUAGAAUUUGUAUAUUAUUAUAGUCAACAGAGUUUCUUUA